CUAGCGCGGCCAGCCCAGUCCCAGGAAGGAAAGCAAGGAGCCCAACGACGAAAGCAACCGCCGCUCUGGCUCUGGUCUACAUCGCCUCUCGCACAAGUCCUGUUGGCAAAAGAAAUCCCUCUGCUUUGCUCCUUAUUUUCCUCCCCCGUCUGUCCCGAUCGACCCACACCUCCCUUUAAAAUCGGCCGAGGCGAGCACGGCCCCUCCCUCCCCAGACGAGCGACGCCAGGGCGGAGAGAGAGGAACAGGGAGAGACCACAGGCCGUACGCCGGGAGCGCAGGCGGCGCUUACAUGGGAGUAGAGGCGGGCGGGUGCGGGCGGAGGGCGGUCGUCACCGGGUUCUACGUCUGGGGCUGGGAGUUCCUCACCGCCCUCCUGCUCUUCUCGGCCGCCGCCGCUUCCUGCUGCUAGAGCCAGCCGCUCCGGCCGGCCAUCAGCAACCUUACUAGCUUCUUUUAUUAGAUAGCCAAACCGUGCACACAAACACACAAAGUGAUCAGUUACUAGUUAGUAGGCAGCAGAGAAAGAGGGGAUAUACAUAUAGGCGAGUGAGAUUCGUGUGACCAGUAGAAGGCAGUCGGUCGAGCAAGCCGGCCGGCGAGAUGGAGGCGGAAGCCGUGGCCGUGGCCGUGGCGGCGGCGGGGCAGCCGGCGACGUCGAAGAGCGGCGGCGGGGCGAGGGCGGGCGGCGGGCCGGCGCCGUUCCUGACCAAGACGCACCAGAUGGUGGAGGAGCCGUCGACGGACGAGGUGAUCUCGUGGGCGGAGCAGGGCCGCUCUUUCGUCGUGUGGAAGCCCGUGGAGCUGGCGCGCGACCUCCUCCCGCUCCACUUCAAGCACUGCAACUUCUCCUCCUUCGUCCGCCAACUCAACACCUACGGUUUCCGGAAGGUGGUGCCUGACCGGUGGGAGUUCGCGAACGAGAACUUCCGGCGAGGCGAGCAAGGCCUCCUGUCCGGCAUCCGUCGCCGCAAGUCCACCACGCCGCAGUCCUCCAAGUCCGGCGGCAGCGGCGCCGUGAACGUCGCGUUCCCUCCGCCGCUGCCGCCCGCGCCUCCCGCGUCGGCCACCACGUCCGGCGGCGGCAACGAACGCAGCUCCUCGUCGGCGUCGUCGCCGCCGCGGGCCGACCUGACCAGCGAGAACGAGCAGCUCAAGAAGGACAACCGCACGCUGGCGACCGAGCUGGCGCAGGCGCGCCGGCAAUGCGAGGAGCUCCUGGGCUUCCUCUCCCGCUUCCUCGACGUCCGGCAGCUCGACCUCGGGAUGCUCAUGCAGGAAGACGUGGUCCGAGCGGCGGCCGGGGACGCGCACCAGCAGUGCCGCAGCGCGGUGGCCGACCAGCUGGAGUGCGGCGGCGAGGAGGGGAAGAGCGUGAAGCUGUUCGGGGUGCUCCUCAAGGACGCCGCGAGGAAGAGGGGACGGUGCGAGGAGGCGGCGGCCAGCGAGCGGCCAAUCAAGAUGAUCAGGAUCGGCGAGCCAUGGGUCGGCGUGCCGUCGUCGGGCCCGGGCCGGUUCGGCGGUGAGAACUAAGGUCUGGUCUCUGGAACAGAUGCGCGCGCGCUCCGCGGCGGGCCGCGACAUUGCCGGCUUUACAGCGAGCGCGUGCCAUGUAUCGUGCAAGACGUGAGGUUGAUGGUAAAGGAUGAUUCCAUCGAUCAACCAAGUAAUCAAAGCCAGUGCUGUGGUAAAACUGUAAAGGCAGAACACAGGACGCCGGAGAUAUGCGCGUAAGGCGUGUGAAGAAUUAAUCAUGGGAUGCUUUAUAGGUAGGAAGAUUGAAAGUAGUAGAGACGAGAGCUAGAAGGAGCCCUGUGUGUUCAGAAUGGAUCAUUAUCAUUUCCAAGUAAAGAAAAAGGAUUUCUUUAUCAUUUCCAAGUAAAGAAAAAGGAUUUCUUUAUGCUA